AAUGAAAGUGGUUUCUACUCCCUUGUUUUAUCCUCUAAAUUAGAAAUCACCAAAAAGUUUAAACAUUGGAUUACCUCAGAAGUACUUCCAUCUAUAAGAAAAUUUGGCUAUUACAAACUUUUUGACAACCCAAAUAAUAAAAUGUUUAAGAUUGAAAAUGAAAUGGAUUUACACUCUAAAGUUGUUGAACUAAUUAGAAAUGUUUAUCCAAAUGCUAUUAUGGUUCCAGGACUUGGGGAAAACCAAGAUACACCAGACAAAAGAAUUAACAGUUGGAAAAAAGGCUAUAUGCGAGGUCAACCAGAUUUAAUGAUUCUUGAUUUUCACAAAGAUUAUAAAGGUCUCUGUAUCAAAUUCAAAUCACCAACUAACAAUUAC